AUGACAAAUAUCCCUUCACAAUUAUUAUCUAAUAACUCUUCACAAUCCUAUUUUACAACAUUUUCAAAUAUUUCUAAUCUACAACCUUUAUAUGCUUCAAUAAAUAAUUCAGUAUUACAAGAAUCAUUAAGUUUUUAUAAACCUGCUCCUCAACUUGAUGAAUUUUUAACAAAGAUAGAUGAGGCUAAGAAUGCAAAUAGAGAAAUUUUAGCAUAUUUAUCAAAAUUUCAAAAUCAAGCUAUUCAAGUUAAACAGAUAUGUAAAUUAACUGAUAAACAACUUGAAUUAGUAAGAAUUACAAAAGCAAGAUGGAAAAUCGCAUUGCAAGAGGCUUCUAAAGACCAUUCAAAUCGAGAUCUUUAA